UAUAUUUACAUCUUUUAAUUGCUAUUUUAAUGGAUUCUUCCGAUUAUUCAAAAAAUUAUAAUCUUUUAUUGGAAGAAAUGAAAGCUGAUGGUGUUUUGCUUGAAAUUCCGCGAGUUCUUAAGGAAGAAAUAAUAGAAGAAUCAAAAAGAUUGGCAAAAAUACGUUCAGAAGUUGAGCGAUUUGUAACAUUUAUCGAUUUAACAACAUUAAUGGGUGACGAUACAAAAUCUCGUGUUGAUGAUUUGGUUAAUUCUGCUAUUAAUCCAGUUAAAGAGAACCUUCAAUUAAAAUGUGCUUCUGUUUGUGUAUAUCCUGCAAGAGUUUUGGAUGCCUGCAAUGCCAUUAGAGCAAAUGGGAACUUGUUAACUAUUGCUAGUGUUGCUGGUGGCUUUCCAUCUGGUCAAUAUCACAUUGAAAGUCGACUAUUAGAAAUUCAAUUAGCGAUUCGUGAUGGAGCAACCGAAAUUGAUUCAGUCAUAAAUCGAGCUGCUAUUUUAGAAAAUAAUUGGAAAUUAUUAUUUGAAGAACUUGUUAGGAUUAGAGAAGCUGCAAAAGGAGUAAAAUUAAAAAUUAUUUUGUCAGUUGGGGAGCUUGGUUCAAACAAAGCAAUUUAUUUAGCAAGUAUGGCAGCAAUGUAUUCUGGUGCUGACUUUAUCAAAACUAGUACUGGCAAAGAAACAAUAAAUGCAACAUUAGAAUCGGCAUAUAUAAUGUGUUCAGCGAUUGCCCAGUUUUACAAAAAUACAAAUAAAAAUGUUGGAUUUAAGGCUGCUGGUGGUAUUCGCUCGGUUGAACAAGCAUUGCAAUAUAUAAUUUUAUUUGAAAGAAUUUUGGGGAAAAACAAUUUGGACCCUAAAGUUUUUCGAAUUGGAGCAAGUAUGGGAUUGUUAGAAAAUAUUAGAGAAAAAUUGUUAGAUGAUAAAUUAAUUUGAGUUUGUACAGGUCU